AUGGCCCUCGAAGCGGAGCUUGCACAAGAGCAGUCUGCUGCUUCUGCUUCUGCUUCUUACGCUGUUCCAGUUCCUGCUUCUCCUGCUACCAACAGCGAACGAAACGACAGCAGCGACGCAAUAGCACCUCUCGAGAUUUCACAACCGAUACAAGCCCAUUCCCCCACCCUUCCAUGGGACGACGAGCAAUUGACAGACUGGGCGGACGAGUCCGAGGAGCUGGAAGCUUUGGCCGCGCAGCAGACUUCCGCUCCAUCUACUGAAGCACCGACUCCACCACAGAGCGACGAAGGGUACGAGAGCGACAAUGAGCGGUACAGCAGCAACAACAACAACAAGGACGACGAAAUCGAAGUCAGAUGCGAACCUCCGCGUCCUGUUGCGGCCUGGAGAAGAGACUGUGAGCUUAGCGGCCGGCUGAUUCCCUUCUACAUCCCAGAACCGCCUUUCCCGAACAGCACAGUUCGUGAACGAUCACCUCUGCGGACUAUGACGCUGGUUGGUUGCCAACCGAGCAUCUCAGAAACGGACGUGGAAGCAGAAGCAGCAGCAAUAAGAUCUAAGAUCGCAGGCAGACAUUUACCGCCACCAAGGCAGCGGAAGAGCAAGCGGAAGAGCAAGCCCUACGACUCCAACGCAUUCGCCCAGAGUCGAGAAACACUAGCAGAGAUGGCAGACACAGGGACAGAGAGUGAGAACGUUCGUCCACCAAAAAGGAGAGAAAGCAAACCGUACGACCCCAGCGCGUUUGUAUCGGUUCAGGAUAUGAAUGCAGAAGCGGCAGAAACACAGACAAAGAGCGAACACAUACGACCGCCGAGGAGGAGAGAAAGCAAACCGUACGAUCCCAGCGCGUUUAGAACGACUCAGGAAGUGGAACCAGAAACGGCAGACACAGAGAAGGAAAGCGAGCACGUACAUCCUCCUAGAAGGAGAGAACGCAAAACAUACCGCCGGAGCAUCUUCACAGAGCACUUCGAACUGGAACCACCCCAGAGAGCUCUGCUGGAGGUGCAAAUCAAGAGAGCAGCACCUCGAGCCGCGAAACGUAAAGCGAGAUCACCUGCUCCGUUUGGGAUUCCGAUGCAUCACGAGUUGGUUCGGCCUUUGGCGAAGACGGUAGUGAAGAAAUUCCGCCUUCAUAUACUGAAGAUGCAGGGUCGGUGCUCUAGGACGAGGGGGUACAGCGGCGAAGUUUUUGGGAAUGUGUGGCUCGAUGGGUGCUGGAAGCGGCAGGAGCAGAACUUCGGAUAUGAUCAUAGGUCUUUUCCGUGA